UACCGAACUUUAUCCGCAUAUAUUGGCCCGUCGGCAUCCACCACACGACUGUCCAAUGAAGACACCUCCAACGGAACCUCCACCAACAAGAACAGAGACCCUCUGCGCAUAUACACGCACACAGCACACACGCUCAUGCAACGCCCAGAGGUCUACGACAACAUGGUCGUCACACACUUGGACGAGAUUGAGAACGUCGUGCUGGGUCGCUUGCAUGCAGUGGUGACGCCUAAACAGUUGGAGUUGCAAGUGGCGUUGAUGCAGCUGCUGCAGUCUGUGGUGGUACUCGACAACAUGCGCCUGAACGCCGAGAGCUCCGGCGGUAACCAUAGCAACGCCUCCGGUAACCGUGGCAACGCAUCGGGGUGGGUGGACGUCCCGAGUGGCAAAGGAAAGGCGGAUAGGAAAGUGCGCAACCACACAAUCGCACAGAAUCCACUGUUCCUGGACACCAUCCUGAUUGCCCUGAACAUGCCGUCUCUGCGGGCCGUGCAUGCGUACUGGAUUACGUAUGUGCUGGCGUGUCUGCCGCACACAGGAAGUCAUUUGGAUAUAAUCGUGCCUGCGGUACUACAAUGCCUCUCCACGUCACUCGCCGUCAACGCAUUCAACAGCACCAGUUCCCCGGAAGAAAGUCACUCGUUG